UGAUUCCGUUAUCAAAUCAGUCGUUACCUCAGCAGAUCUUGCCAAAGUCCUCGAAAAGUGAUUAUCAUUGCUAGUAUACUAGUUCAUUUUAAACAGUUGAAGAUGAUUUUGGAAGAUGAAACCUCGGUCCAUCUAAUGUAGUUUUCAGUUUUGCAACUCUCCGAAAAGUCACCUUCACCUUGUCAGAAAUUUUCCCUCUGUGAGAACUUAACACUGUGUUUUCAAGUACUUUCUGUGUGUUCUGUGACCUUUGUCAGCCGAAAAAUCACAAAAUGAUGCCCUAUUCAUACAUCAAGAUGCCGCUUCGAACUGCUUCUGCCUUAGCAUUCACUUCUGCAUUUUCAGUAGGAGCAUUAAUGUUCAUGAAGUUCCGCACGCGCAAAAAACUUGUGCACCCAGACCGGUAUGUUGUGCUUAUAUCGGGCUGUGAUACAGGUUUAGGUUUCUCACUGGCUUCCCAUUGUCAAGAGCUGGGUUUAUCAGUAUUAGCAGGAUGCCUUGAUAAAAAUAGUGAAGGUGCUGUCAGCCUUCAAGAACGUGGGGCUCACCUAAUUGAACUUGACUUCACUGACUACCGUACUAUUCAGAAUGCCUUGGAGGAAACAAAGCAGUACUUACAACUGCAUCCUGAAAAAGAACUUGGAGCUGUCGUCAAUAAUGCUGCCGUCAUGUGUUUUGGCGAGUUUGAAUGGUUGACAAAGGAUAUUAUUGACCAUCAAAUCCAAGUCAAUUUUACUGGCACACUCCACUUCACAAACACAUUCUGUUCCCUAGUUCGAGAAUCAAAAGGUAGAAUAAUUAACAUCACAAGUCAUUGUGCUGAUGCUUGCUUACCUGGGUUGUCGGUUUAUGGCGCUACUAAGGCUGCUCUGAAAGCGUGGAAUGAUGCUCUAAGAAUUGAACUAAGCAAAUUUGAUGUUCGUGUCAUAUCAUUUUUACCCGGUGCCUUUUUUGGACAGAGCAAUAUUCUUGCCAAUCAAAGAGAGAGAACUGCGGAGAUGGAGGCCAACAUGCCGAAAAAAGACCUCCAAAUUUAUGAAGAUUAUUUUAAGAGGUAUUUCAACUAUAUCCAUUCCUUCUCGUUAAAAGUGCCUGCACGACAGAUAGAAAAUGAAGAAAUCUACGAAAAAUUUACGGAUGCGUUACUUGCUGAGAACCCUUACCCGCAUUACAAAAUUAGUCCUUUUAAGUACUCGUUCUAUCAUUUCUUGUUCAAAGUUGUGCCAACAAAAGUUAAAGACAAACUUGUAGAAAGAUUUAUCAAUAUGCCUCGAUGGAAUAAAUAAUUUUUUUUUCAUUUGUUGUAAUUCAGAGAAUCAAGACUGAAAAAAAUUUAGGCAGUGCAUCUUGCCCAAAAGAUAAUGCUAAUAGUUAAGGAGCACUUUGUAUCUUUUAUUCCAAAAAUCUUGUAAUUUAUAGUUAUGCCCCAAAUUCUGUUGGUUGUGGCUGAUUAGUUCUUAUGGCCAUAAGCAGGGGUGCAGGAACUUCCCGACCUGGCAACUGGCAGUUUCCCAUCAGUUGCGCUUGAAAAUGGGAAGGCCUCAGAGAAUUUAUGUACAACUAUCCAGAAAAGCUUUCUCCAAAUUACUCAAAGCCAGACCAAAAAAUUUCAGUCGCGUCAUUUUUUCUGUUGAGAUUAAGUUUUUAAAUUGUAGAUCCAAAUCUACUCAGUGAGCUAUUAUCUCAGAUUACGUUCUCAAGACUAAAGAUCAAUCCUUUUGUUGAAGGGCUUCAUCACUAUUUCGAACUCCUUAACAAUUUAAUGCUUUCUUUCAUUUAUGUCCUGAUCAUGAGGCCUGCACCAGUUGUAAAUUGAUGGCGAUUAAGUGCUAAUUUGUGGCUUUUAAUACUUUAUACCCUAAUUGUAGAGCUUUUCUGAACCAUCCACCAGAGUUUGUCUGUUGUUUGUGUGUUUUCCCAGCAUUGUAGGAACAUGCAUUUAAAAAUUAUUAGCACAGAAUGUGAUCAGAAUCUUGUCCUCUUGUGCAAAACAGCAGCAUCAUAACUAAAUUAAGUUACCAAACCACAAUUGAACUUGUGUAAAUUAUUUCAUAAAUUUUCACAUCACAGA